CAAAUUAAUCAAUAAUUAGCUUCAUUUUAAUUAAACAUAUCUUGAUAAAUUAUUUAAUUGGUUUUAAAUUGUCUUAUAGUUGAUAAUAACAGUGAUAAUAAAAUAUAUUUGUUGAGUUCAGUUGAUUUGUGGCACAUGGUUGAUUUUCAACUUGCGCAGUAUUAAAUAUCAGGAAAGGUCAGGGCGGGCUAAAGUAUUAUAUAUAUAAAUACAUAUAUAUAACAAUGCAGAAAUUAUUAAUAUGAACAAAUCUAAAAAAAAAAAGUAAAUACUUAUUAAAUUAUGACAUCUUUGGAUAACGAUCGACAGAGAUUGAUAGUAAUUACUUAAAUAUCUUGAUUGCUGGGUAAUUUGAAAGGUUUCAUCGAAUGAUAUCUCAUUUAUUACACUCGUUGAUAUAUUUUAUUUAUUGACUACUUGAAAUCGAAGUACGGUAAAUCCCUGCGCAUGUCCAUUAUUUUAACACACGAUACUACAUCUGAGUGUUGCGUGAUUCUAAGUACUGUCGAUUACUUAAUUAUUGUCUUACAACAACGGCGAGUAAUCGGCAAGGAAAUUUAAAAAUCUUGCACUUUAUAAGUUGGAGAUUUCCAGAAAAAAGUUACUGUAAAUAUAAAAAAAAACCAAAAUAAUGGAGACACACGAAAACCAAGAAGAUGCUCAAGAAGAAGCUCAAGAUGAUGCUUUUGAUGAAUCUAAGGAUUUAACAUUAUCACCAGCUGUCGAAAUAUCAAGAGAUAAUAAAAAAGGAUUAAAAAGAAAAACGAGUAUUUUCAAAUACUAUUCGUUUAAAUCAACAGAAGCUAUGCCGGGUUCGUCAAAAAAAUCAGGACCUCUUGUUGGUGUAAUUGAUGUGGGUACACGUACAGUAAGAUUUGUGAUUUUCACUGCUAAACGAGUUGGUGAGGUAGUGUCACACUCAAUUGAUAUUGAACAAUUAAGUCCUCAAGAAGGAUGGGCUGAACAAGAUCCUAAAGAAAUUUUAUUUGCUGUCAAAGCAUGUAUUAAAGAUGUUGUUAAAAAACUUAUAGGUAUGGGUGGCAGUGUCAGCGACAUUGUUGCUGUUGGUUUGACAAAUGCACGAGAAACGACAUUUGUUUGGGAUUCAAUAACUGGCGAACCACUUCACAAUGCUAUCGUGUGGUCUGAUAUUCGUACGGAUACGAUUGUUGAUCAGAUAAUUGCGAAAUUUCCUGACAAAAGUAAAAACCAUUUGAAACCACUCUGUGGUCUACCAGUCAGUCCCUACUUCUCAGCACUGAAAAUCCGAUGGCUCAAACAAAACGUUUCAACAGUAAGAAAAGCAAUUCGUGAUAAAAGAUGUAAAGUUGGUACUUUAGAUACUUGGAUAAUUUGGAACUUAACUGGCGGCAAAGAAAAUGGUCUUUAUAUUACCGAUGUCACCAACGCUUCAAGAACGAUGUUGAUGAAUAUCGAAACGUUAAAUUGGGAUCCUACUUUAUGCAGAUAUUUCGAUAUUGACAUGAAUUUACUGCCAGAAAUAAGAAGUUGUUCUGAAAUUUAUGGAGAAAUAACUGUUGGACCUUUAUCAGGAAUUCCGAUAACUGGGAUUCUUGGUAAUCAACAAGCUGCGUUGGUUGGACAGAAUUGUUUAAAGCAAGGACAAGCAAAAAAUACAUACAGAAGUGGUUGUUUCUUACUCUGUAAUACCGGCACUACUAGAGUAUAUUCUUCACACGGUCUAGUCACAACCGUAGCAUAUAAAUUAGGGCCAGAUAGUCCGGCAUAUUAUGCGCUCGAGGGUUCAGUAGCUGUUGCUGGUGCAGCAAUAAAAUGGUUAAGAGACAAUAUGAAACUUAUAAAAGAUGUUCAUGAAAGUGAGCAUUUAGCAGAAAAAGUUUUCAGUACUGGAGAUGUUUACUUUGUACCAGCUUUCAAUGGUCUCUAUGCUCCAUACUGGAGAAAAGAUGCCAGAGGAAUAAUCUGUGGUCUAACGGCAUUUACCACAAAACAACACAUCAUCCGUGCAUCACUCGAGGCAGUAUGUUUUCAAUCGCGAGAUAUUAUCGAAGCUAUGCAUAAAGAUUGUGGAUUUCCUCUCACUAAAAUUCAUACUGACGGUAAAAUGUCAACCAAUAGUUUACUAAUGCAACUUCAGGCUGAUCUUAGUGGUAUACCAGUGUUUAGAUCAACAAUGCCAGAUAUUACAGCACUAGGAGCUGCUAUUGCAGCUGGACAAGCUCAAGGCGUUGAAGUCUGGCCACUUGAUGGAGACGAGUCUGAAAGUGUUCCUAAUGAUACAUUUUUACCUACAACUACUCCAGAAGAAAGAGACGGAAGGUAUAAAAAAUGGAAGAUGGCCGUUCAAAGAAGUUUAGGCUGGGCUGCUACCAAAAUAACUGCCCAUAUGACAGAUGAAAGAUACAGAGUAUUAGCAUCAAUUCCUGCCAGCUGGUUUGUUAUGUCAACUUUCGUCUUACUACGAUUAAGUUAUCACUUUAAGGAACGGUGACAACAUUUAUCAGAUAUUAUCACACUAAUUUAAAUAAUUAAAAGCUAGCCAACUAAAAAAAUUUUAUUGUUAUUCAGUACAUAGUUAGAUAGUUGAUAAAUUAGAUUAUAAUAAUAAUAAGAAUAAUAAUAAUAAUAAUAGUAGCAAAAGACUAUCGUAAAUUAAAAAGUAAAUAUUGUUGACAUGAACUAUUUGUUAAUUUAUAUCUUAUUAUUUUAUAAUUUUAUUGACUGAAAGUACGCACAUUCAGCUACAUAAUUAAUUAAAUGACAUACUCGAGUUGUCAUAUUUUUAUCAUUAUUGAUUUUAAAAUAUAUAAAUUACUUGCCUUAUAUGCUCAAUAUUAUUGUCAAAUUAUAUUUUUUUUAGUAAAUAAUAAAUCACAACUUAUUUUAAACUUAUACGUUAUUGCAGCUGAAUCAUAUAAAUUAAUGUUACCGUAAAAAAAAAAAAUUUAUGUGAUUUUAUUUUUAAAAUAAUUAUAAAAGUACUUAAUAAAUAAAUUUGCAUGAUUAUUGUUGCUUACAAUUAUUUUUAUUAAGAUAAAUAUGUUUUAUUAAUGACUAUGUUAUGUAAAUUUAAAGCUUAAAAUUGUAAAAACUGUUACAAGACACGAAUAAAAUACUCAUUGACCAGAA